AUGUCGUCACCCAAUUAUGGCUUCUCGCCAUGGCGGAGGAGAGCUUCGUCACUGAGCACCCAGACCCAACCUACCGACGACGCGCAGCCCACGCCCAUCAACCGCCCGAACCGCAACUCCCUUCCCCCUCACUCGGACUCUCUGCGGCAGCUGUCCUCGUCCACGGGCCAGAGAGAGCCCAUACGGUCCUUCAUACACGGCUCAGUUCGAGACGACCUUGCACCUGUCGACAGCGCUGAAUACCUCCGUCACGUCCGCGAGGACACGGCAGAGCUAGCCUCCUACCUGCUCUCUGACAAGAAAAGCAACCAGAGCCCCGCCUUCCUCUCGAGACGACGCUCCCAGCAGUCCCAGGCGCAGUCCCUCCUGCCGAGCGAGGACGACGAUGCCGACUACGGCUCCGAAACGAUACACGAAGUCUCGGAGCCUCCUUCGCCUCACAACGAGAUACAGCCCGACGACGAGCUGCCCGACGAGGGGCCCUCCAUCCUAACGAGCUUGCUGCGCAAAUCUCCACCACAGUCCAGAGGGGCGUCUUCUCCGUCGCCUGAGCCGCGUGUCCCCGAGAUCGAGACCCCGGCGCUCGAGCAGAAGAGGUCGAGGUCGUCAGAGCGUCAACGACGGCAGAGAAGCAGCAUGGGAGGAGAAGAGGCAGAGUCUACGGAGCGGACGCCCUUGCUGGGAAGGGUAUCCUCUGACGGGCACGGCACCAAUGGCCGCGCCACGGACGACGUCGAGGGGCAGAAGCCACGGCCGCGAAGACAGUGGCUCAAUGGACUGAAGACCGCCGGCCACAAUGUCGAAGCCAGCCUGGCGCGGACUGCCAAGGCGGCGACGAGUCCGCAAAUCUGGAACCGCAAGUCGCUGUGGGCGAACGUGGUGGUUGCGCCCGCCUCCUGCCUGCCUGCCGUCAUCGUGGGGCUGCUGCUCAACGUCCUCGAUGCUCUGUCCUAUGGCAUGAUUCUCUUCCCCCUCGGUAAACCCAUUUUUGCCGGUCUUGGCUCGGCUGGCAUUUCUAUCUUCUACGUGAGCACCAUCGUCUCACAGCUCACCUUCUCGGCCGGCAGUGGAUUCAGGGGUGCUGUUGGCUCUGAACUCAUCGAAGUCGUUCCAUUUUUCCAUAACAUGGCUCAAACUAUCACCGACAUCGUUGGUGAGGAAAACCCCGACGCUGUCAUCGCCACAACAAUUACCGCAUACGCUAUAAGUUCCAUGGUCACUGGACUUGUCUUUUACCUCAUGGGCAAGUUCAACUUCGGCUACAUGGUCGGCUUCAUCCCUCGACACAUCUUGAUCGGCUGCAUUGGCGGUGUCGGAUGGUUUCUCGUUGCUACUGGCUUCGAGGUCUCUGCCCGCAUGAGUGGCAGCCUCGAAUACAACUUGGAAACACUGCGAAAGCUCUUCCAGCACGACACAGUACUGCUUUGGGUUAUUCCUCUCAUACUGGCCAUUGUGCUGUUCUACGGCCAGGCAAAAGUUGCGUCCAAGUACUUUCUGCCCUUGUACAUCACGGCGAUUCCCAUCGUCUUCUACUUCUUCGUCACAGUCAUUGACACUCUCGACGUUGACCCUCUUCGCGACAACGGCUGGAUAUUCGAAGGGCCGCCAGCCGACGAACCAUGGUGGUAUUUCUGGACACUCUACAAGUUCCACCUCGUCCAGUGGGAAGCCAUCCUGGACACAAUUCCAGCCAUGUUGGCGCUGACUUUCUUCGGCAUCCUUCACGUUCCCAUCAACGUCCCUGCUCUUGCUUUGCAGACGGGCGAGGACCAUGCUGACCUCGACCGGGAGCUCAAACUGCAUGGAUACUCCAACUUUCUGUCCGGCUGUUUCGGUAGCAUCCAGAACUAUCUGGUCUACGCGAACACUGUCUUCUUCAUGCGGUCUGGAGGCGAUAGCCGACUUGCUGGCGUUAUGCUGGCGGCAUUGACGUUUUGCGUGCUGAUGGUCGGGCCAAUGAUCAUUGGCUUUAUCCCGGUCAUGAUGGUCGGCACCCUUAUCUUUGAUCUCGGAUUCGAGCUGCUUCUGGAGGCCGUGUGGCUACCAAGGAAGAAAUUGAAGCUGGCAGAAUACCUGACCGUGAUCGUAAUCGUGCUCAUCAUGGGCAUUUACGACUUUGUUAUUGGAAUUGGUGUUGGUAUCCUCCUGGCCUUCAUCUCGCUGAUCUUCCAGACAUCGCGCGUGCCGGCAGUUCGUGCCAGCUACAACGGCGACAUCGUAGGGUCUACGGUGCGCCGCAACCCCGGUCAGCAUCGAUACCUACAGCAGGUGCGCCGUCAAAUUUACAUUGUCAAGUUGACCGGUUUCCUCUUCUUCGGCACCAUUGUAAGCGUCGAGGAGAAGAUCCGGGCUCUGAUUGAGGACGAUGCUUUUUCAGAGUCUCCUAUCAAGUUCCUCAUUUUGGACUUGUACCACGUCAGCGGGCUGGAUUACUCGGCUGGAGAGGCGUUCAACACGAUCAGCCGUUUGCUCGAUAACAAGGGUGUUGUGCUGGUGAUCAGUGGUGUCGACGCAGAAACCGAGUUGGGACGCAACCUACGAGCCGUUGGUCUCGGCUCGGAGUCGGUGGAAGUAACCAUGCUCCCGGACCUCAACUCUGCGCUCGAGAGCUGCGAGAACGAGCUCUUGAAGACCCUCUACGCAAACCAAGAAGAGCUGCAUGCCGCCACGCGAAAUGCCCCGACGGCCAGCCUCGACGUCCCGGUCAAGGCAGACGUGGGUUCUGCGCUGGAUGGCGUCUUCAACUCGCCUCGGCGGAACCACCUACGUACCGCCGCCAAGAAUGCCCUCACCAACACGGAAUCGCAGCAAACGACGCGAUGGCAGAGCUUUAAGGAGCCGCUGCGUCUCAUGCUCCAGAUAUUCCAGGGCUUGACCGAGAAGAACGAGGACUUUUGGUUCCGCACCGUCCCCUACUUUGUCGACGCGAGUUCGUCGCCGGCUCGACCCUCUACCGGCGCGGCGAGACGGCGAGCGGCUUCUAUCUCGUCGAACAGGGCAUCCUGCGCGCCGAGUACGACUGCCCAGGGCUGGCUGACGGAGAGCAUCGUGGCGGGCACGACGUGCGGCGAGCUGCCGUUUUUCUCCGAGACGGAGCGCACGGCGAACGUUCUCGUGGAGCGGGACUGCGUCGCCUGGCUGAUGGACACCGAGGGCUGGGAGAGGCUGCAGAAGGAGGAGCCGGACGUCGCGAGAGAGCUGUUGCGCAUCUCGCUGAAGCUGACGAGCGAGCGGCUGAGCUCUAUUACGUCGUAUAUACUGACCAUGGCGGGCUGA